GCGGCGGCGCGCUGGUAGCCCUGCCGGGUCUCUUGCCCGUCGAGCCAUGAGCGGCCUGGAGGAAGAUCCCGAGUUUGACUUCGAUUUCCUUUUCGAGUUUAACCAGAGCAGCGAGGCUGCCGGCGGCAAAGAACAUUAUAACUAUGCAUCUUCAAAUAUAAAUUCAACUUUGCCUCUAAAUGUGGCACAUUCUUCACUGCCAACUCCAUGUCACGGGCUUCAAACGUCUAUUCCAGUCAUUCCAAAUGUCUCAUCAGCUAAUCAUCUUUCAGGUUAUGGAGGGCAUGCUGACAAUAGCACUGCUGGAUAUUAUUUGCCUCCAAGUGUCAGACCUAAUGGAGUGCCAGCAUUAGAAAGUCCUAGAAUUGAAAUAACCACCUACUUGGGACUUCAUCAAAACAACAACCAGUUCUUCCAUGAAGCUGAGGUUGAUGAAUCCACCCAAAACACCAAGAGAUCGCCUUCUACUGCUACUUUGAAUUUACCAAAUAUUGAGGCUUACAGGGACCCAUCUUGUCUGAGCCCAGCCAGUAGCCUGUCUUCCAGAAGUUGCAAUUCAGAAGCGUCCUCCUAUGAAUCAAAUUAUUCCUAUCCUUAUACUUCACCCCAGACAUCUCCUUGGCAAUCGCCAUGCGUAUCACCCAAGACCAAUGAAACUGAGGAGAGGUAUCAGCGAAGUUUAGUUCCCUGCACGCUCCUUAAUUCACCCCGACAUUCUCCUUCCACAUCUCCCAGAACAAGUAUUACUGAAGAAAACUGGCUGAGCUCUCGCAACUCCAGACCAUCCUCUCCCUGUAAUAAGAGAAAAUACAGUUUGAAUGGCAGACAGACAUCCUACUCUCCACAUCACUCCCCAACCCCUUCUCCCCAGAAUUCUCCAAGGGUUAGUGUGACUGAUGAGACAUGGUUGGGAAACACUAACCAAUAUACCAGUUCAGCCAUUGUCGCCGCAAUUAAUGCCCUCACUACUGACAGCACAAUAGAUAUGAAUGAUGGAAUUCCUAUCAAGUCUAGGAAAACUGCAGUAGAUCAUACUCCCUCCAUGGCACUCAAGACUGAACCUAGUGGAGAUGAUCAGGGGACCAUAUCACCGAUUACUGAUUUAUCACCAGAAGAGUUUCCUGGGUUCCAGCACAUCAGGAAAGGAAGUUUCUGUGAUCAGUAUCUUUCAGUUCCCCAGUAUCCCUAUCAGUGGGCCAAAUCAAAGCCUUUGUCGCCAACAUCAUACAUGAGCCCAUCUCUGCCUGCCUUGGAUUGGCAGUUGCCAUCUCACUCAGGACCUUAUGAACUUCGGAUUGAAGUGCAGCCGAAGUCCCAUCACCGAGCCCAUUAUGAGACGGAAGGCAGUCGAGGAGCUGUCAAGGCGUCUGCUGGGGGACAUCCAGUGGUGCAGGCUCUUAUUCUUAAUACGGCACCUUCAACCGCAUGUUCACAACACUCUCCUGUACACAGAAAGGAAGGGAGAGCAAGUAUUAUGGGUAGCAAAAGUACUGAAAUCUCCAGAUUUGUGGAGCCACAAAAGUGUUCUUCUCAUGCCAAUAGCUCUAGGUCUUGA